AUGGUUGCCGGUCCAGCUGCAAAUUCGGGAGGAGGAGACGAAAUCUACAAGUCGUUGCCAAACAACUGCCGUCGACAAUGGUUUCGUGACCCAGGACUCCGACGACUGAACAUUGGGAUCUUUCUGACGUUCGCGUCUGCUACCGCCAAUGGAUUCGAUGCAUCGUUGAUGAAUGGCCUACUUGCUAUUCCUCAAUUCACUACGGAUGUAGUCCAAGACUCCAGCACCAAUGUACUCGGCCUCAUGAUCGCGGCUAUCUCGCUCGGUGGGCUUGCGGCGUUAGUCCCAGCUGGCUAUGUCAGCGACACGCUUGGCCGCAAGAUCUGUCUCGCGAUAGGAACAGCAAUAAUGAUUAUCGCGAGCAUUACACAGGCUUUGACGACCGGUCCUUGGGCUUUCCUCGCCACGAAACUGAUUCUGGGUGUUGGCAUCGCCUUUAUCCUCAUCCCAGCGCCAGCCCUCACGACCGAGACGGCACACCCGCGAAGCAGAGGAGCAGUGACAGCAUGUUUCCAGACGGCCUUCUACUGGGGAGCUAUCGUAUCCGCAGCCGCGACCCUCGGCGGUCUCUACAUCUCAUCGAGCUGGUCAUGGCGAAUGCCCAUCAUGCUUCAGAUCUUCUUCCCAGGCCUCCAGAUCAUUGGCUUGAUCCUCAUCCCGGAGUCUCCCCGUUUCCUCGUGGCCAAGGGCAAGAAAGAGCAGGCAUUCAAGAUAUUAUCCAAGUUCCAUGCCAACGGCGAUGACUCUGAUGCAUUGGUUGCAUACGAAUUCGAUGAGAUUUGCGAGGCUAUCCAGCGCGAACAGGACGCAACUACCGGCAGCUCCUGGAAGAUGUUCUUCGCAACUCCCGGUAAUCGACAUCGGCUGUUGAUUUGCUUCCUGGUCGGUAUCAUGAUCCAGUGGGCUGGAAAUGGCAUUGUGUCCUACUAUUUAGCCCCGAUCCUAAAGUCGGUCGGCAUCACAGAUCCAAGUCAACAAGCUCUCAUCAAUCUUGGUCUGCAGAUCUGGAACGCCAUCAUGGCGCUUGGAGGUGCUAUGGCGGCUGAAAGAUUCGGUCGAAGGCCGCUCUGGCUCAUCAGUGCGAUCGGAAUGCUGUUCGCGUUCUCCAUUCUGACAGCACUCUCUGCUGUCUAUGCUGAAAAGGGAGAUCAAGCUGCAGGCAAAGCGGUCAUUGCCAUGCUCUUCAUCUUCUUUGGCUUCUACGACAUUGCCUUCACACCGCUCAGCUUCGCCUAUCCAGUGGAAAUCCUCCCAUACAAGCUGCGCACCCGCGGCUUGAGCGUUACACUCACGACGGUCUUCGGCGCUGGCUUCUUCAACCAAUACGUGAAUCCCAUCGCACUCGAAAAGUUGGCCUGGAAGUUCUACUUUGUGUACAUCGGCUGUCUCGUGGUGUUCAUCGUGCUCAUUUACCUGUUAUUUCCAGAGACGAAAGGCCGGUCCUUGGAAGAGAUCGCGGAGGUGUUUGAUGGUCCUGUGGCCGAGACGGAGGCACAUCGAUCCGCCAGCGUUGCGUUAUCGAUUGCCACAGAAGGCGAUUUGAAGGGCAGGGUGCUGGAAGAGAAGGUUGUGGCAGCGCACCAUGAGGAAGUAUAG